AUGCCUCAGCGUGUUCAUAUUGACCAGUUAGCUAUUGGUUACUUCCAUGACUCCAACCGGGGGUCAUCCUCCUUAACCCUAUCCGAAAAGCAUUCCAUUACAUGGGUUCGAGUUCCUUGUUAUCUUAGUGCCUUGCAAGCAAAUUUUGCGCACUUUGAGAAUAGCCUUCACAUUAUCGCAAUCCCAGACUAUACAAUCUGGCAGGCUGCUCAAGCUAACACAAUAAAGCUGUUAUGGUUUACUGUCGACCGCUUAAAGAAUGAUAUUGCUGCCACAACCCUUAGGGCAAUAUCCUUGCCCCUUUCUCUGUUCUGGCCCACAAGGUGUAAGGCCUUCGUAUUAGCACUCUUUAGCACUAUAACGUUCAACGAAUUAUUCCUUAUGACGGCAGUAAUUGCCUUUCAAUCAUGCAAUAAUUCUAACAAUUCUUCAUAUCAGAACAGAUCUUGCGUCAUAGUUCUCAACCCACCAGUUAGCGGACAAUUGCAAAGAGAAAGGUGGAGGCUAGGUUCUUUCGUUCUUUUGGCGAUGGCUCUCACGUUCAUUUGGGGCGGAACCUGCAAUCCGUUGGGACUAAUAAUGUAUGCGCUCGAAAGCGGCUUUAUUGCAGGUUCAAUGGACACUACAAUUCUUUUCCUUAUCUUAAGCGGGCCUACACUUAAUCUUCUCUUCAUUGCGGAAAAUCACGCUUCGAGCCGCAUUUGUAUGUUGUUUCUGAAGCUAUCAUUUACGCGUAGAUUGCACGUCGUAGAACCACUCAUUGCGGCGGUGUUUUUCUCCCUAACAUUAGGGCUGUGCGUCGUCGUAGAGGGGAUACCAGCUUGUUUUAUUUUGACUAGACAUAGGGUACGCCUUCAGUCGUUCCCUACUUCUCAAUCCCAGAACUUCCUCCAUCUUAUAAUCUUAUUCCGAAGAGUCUUAGCUACCUCCAGGCUGCAGCUGCAGGAGCCGGAACCCGACAGUGACAACCACAACAGUAGGAUAGAAGCCCGUCACCGCAACAACUCCAUUAAAUCUCUUCCCUGGACUACGCGAAGGAUACCCGAAAUUGACCAGCAGAAUAGGAACUAUGCUAGAAAUUGCAAUGUUCAGGCGUUUCGGGAUGCUCAUUGUACAAUAUCUCCUUUACAUGCAUUCUUAAAAGAGUCUCAAAGAAUCUUUGAUACACUAUCUGCCCCUAAAUUUACAAACUUCCUUGCCUUUCAAAUCCCAACUAAUAGCUAUGCCACAAGUUUCUUAAUAUUGCAGUUCCUCACGGAGUUGUACGGGGCGAGGCACUCUGGGAAGGUGAGCAGAACCUCCGAACAACCGUUCAUUGGCUGUGCUCUCACUAGGUGGGCAUCAACCCCGGCCAAACCAAACUUCAUUUCAUUUCCUAAAAAGAUUGAGGGUAAUUCGGGUGCUACAUCUGUGCGCUUACUCCUUAGAGUGUAUUUGACCUCAAAAUCCGAACUCACCUUUAAGGGUCUUUGGCUACGGGUGCCAUGUUUGGUCGCCCCAGGCAGAUACUGGAAGCUAGAUAGAAGCACUGAAAGCAUCGGAAAUGUAUUCCUCCCCCUCCAAUACAUCAUCAUUCCUUCACUCGCUAUGUCUUCAAUGGGUGCAAAAUCUAUUUCUCCUCUAAUUAUUUUGAAUCCAACAAGCUCCAACUAA